ACGGACCUGAUGACCCAGGCCGUGGACUUGGGAAGUCGACGAUGGAUGGUUGGCUGUCCUAUCUUGUCUUUUAAAAGAACCGAGGGUAGCUGAUGUUGUUGCAGAGGGAUAAUGGAGAUGGGCAGUUCGAGUUUGAGGAGGAUAUUCUACCUCUCCUUCGUUAUUGCACGAUUGAUGCUUACCACAACUUCACAGCGCGACUUUUUUCUGUACAAAUGUUCAGAAAACGCCAACUACACCAACAACAGCCCUUUCAAGAAAAAUCUCGAAAACGCACUCGCCUCAAUCACCUCCAACUCCAACACCGACACCCGGGUCGACUACGGUUUCUAUAAUGCCACCUUCGGUGAAGAUCCCGACACGGCCAACGCCAAGGCUCUUUGUCGUAAAGGUGUUCCCUUGGACGACUGCAGAACAUGCGUGAAUGACUCAGCCCGCAGGAUUCUACAAAACUGUCCAAACCAGAAGGAAGGUGCGGGAUGGUACCAUCAUUGCCAAAUCCUUUACUCAAACAACUCUGUUCACGGUGAGAUAACCAUCAAUUCCGCCGUGCAAAUCGCUUUCAACACCGGUAAGGCCCCAGAUGCCAACACUUUCAACGAGGAACGGAGAGAGUUGUUAGAUCGACUCCGGGAGGAGGCUGCCUUAGGGAGUUCAAUUCGCAAGUCUGCCGGCGGAGAUGUCAAACUUGCAAAUCCGAAUACGUAUACCAUAUAUGGCCUCGUUGAUUGUUUUCCCGACAUGUCGUACUUCGAUUGUGAUGUCUGCCUAAGUCGGCUUCAAAGUAAUCUUCCCAGUUGUUGCAACGGCAGCAUAGGGGCGAGAUUAGUUGUGACAAGUUGUCAAAUAAACUAUGAAAUCCACCCUCUCUAUGCUGCACUUCUCUCUCCUCCUCUGCCUCCGCCCUCAUCUCCUAAUAUCCUCCCUCCAUCUUCGACUUCGACACCAGAAAGUAAUGGGUAUACUACUAGAACUGUUAUCAUUGUAGCGGUGUCCAUCGCUUCAGCCAUCAUUCUCAUUGUUGGUAUUUGCAUCGUUGCGAGAUUGAGGAAGCGAAAGCACAAAAGAUCAUUACAAAGACUUGAAACUGUUGCUCAUGGAGACGCCACUGAUGAAAUUAGCAGUGUGGAGACGAUUCAAUUUGAUUUUGACACAAUUAAAGAGGCAACUGAUGACUUCUCAGACGAAAACAAGCUGGGACAGGGUGGAUUCGGAGCUGUCUACAGGGGUAAGCUUCCUAAUGGACAGCAUAUUGCGGUGAAGCGGCUUGCGAACAAUUCACAACAAGGCGACGUUGAAUUCAAAAAUGAAGUCCUUUUGGUUGUGAAGCUUCAGCACCGGAACUUGGUUAGGCUGCUGGGUUUCUGCUUGCAAGGAAUCGAAAGACUUCUCAUAUAUGAGUUUGUACCAAAUGGCAGCCUUGACCACUUCAUAUUUGAUUUGGGAAAGCGGGCACUGUUAAAUUGGGAGAGACGAUACAAAAUCAUAAAUGGCAUUGCACGAGGACUUCUUUAUCUUCACGAAGAUUCUCGUCUUCGAAUCAUACAUCGUGAUCUCAAAGCUAGCAAUAUUUUGUUGGAUAUAGAAAUGAAUCCAAAGAUUGCAGAUUUUGGUAUGGCAAGAUUGUUCGAUGUAGAUGAGACUCAAGGCAACACAAGUAGAGUUGUGGGAACUUACGGUUAUAUGGCUCCAGAGUACGUAAUCCACGGACAAUUUUCAGUAAAAUCAGAUGUCUUUAGCUUCGGUAUUUUGGUUCUUGAAAUUUUAAGUGGUCAAAAAGGAAAUUGUUUUCGCAAUGGAGAAAACAUCGAAGACCUUUCCAGCUUUGCAUGGAAAAAUUGGAGGACAGGAACAACGACAAAUAUAAUAGAUUCAACACUUAGUGUAGGUUCAAGGAUCGAAAUGAUAAGAUGCAUUCAUAUUGGGUUAUUGUGUGUUCAAGAAAACGUAGCAAAUCGACCAACAAUGGCUUCAGUGGUGACGAUGCUAAGUAGUUCCUCACUCACUCUUCCAAUACCCUCUAGACCUGCAUUCUUCAUGCAUAGUAUUACCGGGGAAUCCAACACAAUGUUAAAGCCAGAUGGGGGUACUCAUUCUGAAGCUAGAUCUCUUCAAAAUUCGAAUAAUGAUGCUUCAAUUUCGGAGCUUCUUCCUCGUUAGGUUUUCAUCACAUGUUGUGGUAAGAUAUUUUGCAUUUUGAGAGCCUAUAUAUAUAUAUAUAUAUAUAGAUUAAAUAAUAGAAUGAUUGUUAUAUA